GUCUCCUAUGGCUGGCUGUUUCUACCGGACUCCACCCCUCCUGCAGACGAAGGCAUGGCGAGCACAGAGGAGAGAAGGGAGUGUGAGACUGAAGGCUGCAACAAGGACGCCAAACUUCAGUGUCCCACAUGUAUCAAGCUUGGUAUUCAAGGGUCCUAUUUCUGUUCACAGGACUGUUUCAAAGGGAGCUGGGUAUCUCACAAGUUGCUGCACAAAAAAGCAAAGGAUGACAAGAACCAAAAUGCACCUAAGAACUGUGUGGAGAAAGACAUCAGCACCGACCCAUGGCCUGGCUACCGUUACACAGGAAAACUUCGUCCUCACUACCCACUUACACCUUUGCGGCCUGUACCCAGUGACAUCCAAAGACCUGACUACGCUGAUCAUCCCAGAGGGAUGUCUGAAUCUGAGCAGUUUCUGAAAGGAACGUCACAAAUCAAGAUCCUCUCUCCUGAGGACAUCGAAUGCAUGAGAGUGGUGUGCAAGCUGGCACGAGAAGUCCUUGACAUUGCAGCUCUAAUGGUGAAACCAGGUGUUACAACAGAAGAAAUUGACCACGCAGUACAUCUGGCUUGUACAGCAAGGAACUGCUACCCUUCUCCUCUAAACUAUUACAACUUCCCCAAAUCCUGCUGCACGUCUGUCAAUGAAGUUAUCUGCCAUGGAAUCCCAGACAGGAGACCUCUACAAGAUGGUGAUAUCCUUAAUGUGGACAUCACUGUCUACCACAACGGAUUCCAUGGUGACCUCAAUGAGACCUUCUAUGUUGGAGAGGUGGAUGAAGGAUCAAAGAAACUGGUUCACACUACAUAUGAAUGCCUUAUGCAAGCUAUUGAUUCUGUGAAGCCUGGCGUCCGCUACAGAGAGCUUGGUAACAUCAUCCAGAAGCACGCUCAGGCCAGCGGUUUCUCUGUGGUGCGGAGCUACUGCGGCCAUGGCAUCCACAGGCUUUUUCACACUGCUCCUAAUGUGCCACAUUAUGCCAAAAACAAAGCAGUUGGUGUUAUGAAACCUGGUCACGUGUUCACCAUUGAACCAAUGAUAUGUGAAGGUGGCUGGCAAGAUGACACCUGGCCCGAUGGCUGGACGGCAGUGACCAGAGACGGGAAACGCUCGGCCCAGUUUGAACACACACUGCUGGUGACGGACACGGGCUGUGAGAUUCUCACUCGCCGCCUGGAGGACAACGGUCAAGCUCAUUUUCUGAGCCAAGUGUAGGCUGGACUGGACCACAAGGAGAACUGGAUUUGGCAGACCCAGUGACAUCCAGCACGUCUACAUCGUCAGACAAGAUACCGUCUGUGUCACUGUGGCAGUUGUUUCAAUUAAAUAUCAGUCCUCAAAUUCAAUGGAAGUACUUGAAUGUGUCAAAUGUGCAUUGGUUUAAAAGUGGAAAACUGUUUUUUUUUCUCUGAAGUAAAUAUUAAAAUAUUUCUAUUUAAAAAAAAAAAAAAAAAAAGCUACGUGUAGUUGUCAGGCUCGACAUGAUUCAUUUCAUGGACGCGAAGCAGACAUGAAGGAACGUUCCCGGAAUUGUCAACAGGUGACGGCAUCUCUCGCGUUGCAAAACGUCUUGUUGUAACAGUGACAUCAUUUUGCAAAAGAGUUGAGUUUUGAAAUGUAAGGCAUCCUUUGACAGUAUGAGACAGAAUAUUAAAGCUCUAACAACUUCUUAAAUUCCUUUUGAACAAUGUGCACAAUUGCUUUACGUAUAUAUAAAGAGAACAGUUGUCAAGCCUUUGUUCAUGGUGGGAUUAAAAAACGUAGUUUGCCUGGA